AUGAGGUCUCUCAUCUUCAACUCGUUCCUCAUUUCUGCAGUUUCUGCCCUGCCUCAUUAUGCAAGACGCAGUCUCCUUGAAGCAAACCUCCUGACGGAUCCCUCGAAGGUGGCCGAACACACGGUCGACUACAUCAUUGCUGGUGGAGGUUUGACAGGGUUGACAGCCGCGGCCCGUCUCUCGGAGAACCCAAAUAUCACGGUCCUCGUCAUCGAGACUGGGUUCUACGAGUCUGAGCGCGGUCCAAUUAUCGAAGACUUGAACACCUACGGGGACAUCUUCGGCACCACUGUCGACCACGCUUACGAGACAGUCGAGCUAGCCACCAAUAACCGAACUGAAGUGAUCCGGUCUGGUAACGGGCUUGGUGGCUCAACCUUAGUUAACGGUGGAACAUGGACACGUCCUCACAAGGCUCAGAUCGACUCCUGGGAGAGCGUCUUCGGAAACGAUGGCUGGAACUGGGAUACCCUGGUGGCCUACUCUCACCAGGUUGAGACCGUCCGCGCACCCAACGAGAAGCAAAUCGCGGCUGGCCAUUAUUUCGACCCCUCUUGCCAUGGCCAAAACGGUUCUGUCCAUGCAGGGCCCCGUGAUACGGGAGAGUCUUACUCUCCGAUCAUGAAAGCACUCAUGAGCACCGUGCAGGACCAAGGCGUUCCCAUCCAGCAGGACCUCUCAUGCGGCAACCCGCACGGCGUCUCCAUGUUUCCCAACUCGUUGAACGAAGAGCAAACCCGCUCUGACGCCGCGCGCGAAUGGCUUCUCCCCAACUUCCAAAGACCCAACCUCCAGGUCCUGACCGGACAGCGUGUCGGAAAGGUCCUGCUGGACCAGACGGGCGAGACCCCGCAGGCCGUGGGCGUGGAAUUCGGCACCCACAACAACACCAAAUACAACGUGUACGCCAAUCACGAGGUCCUCCUGGCAGCCGGAUCGACCGUCUCUCCCCUCAUUCUUGAAUACUCCGGUAUCGGCAUGAAAUCCAUCCUCGACAGCGUCGGCAUCGAAACCAUCGUGGACCUCCCCGUCGGCCUGAACCUGCAAGACCAAACCACCACUCCGGUCACAUCGCGCAUCACAUCCGCAGGAGAUGGGCAAGGCCAGGCCGCGUACUUCGCGACCUUCAACGAAACCUUCGGCGACUACGCACCCCAAGCGCACGAGCUUCUCAACACCAAACUAGCCCAGUGGGCCUCGGAGACCGUCUCCCGCGGCGGCUUCCACAACGUCACCGCCCUGACCAUCCAAUACGAGAACUACCGCGACUGGAUCGUGACCCACGACGUCGCCUACUCGGAACUCUUUCUCGACACCGCCGGCUCCAUCAGCUUCACCGUGUGGGACCUCCUCCCGUUCACCCGCGGGUACGUGCACAUCCUCGACAAGGACCCGUAUCUGCACCGCUACGCCUACAACCCGCAGUACCUGCUCAACGAGCUCGACCUCCUCGGCCAAGCCGCAGCCUGCAAGCUGGCCCGCGAGCUCUCCAACUCCGGCGAAAUGCAGACCUACUUCGCCGGCGAGGACGUCCCGGGCGAUAACCUGGCCUACGACGCCGGAUUGGACGACUGGGCCGAGUACAUCCGGUAUAACUUCCGUCCUAACUAUCACGGCGUGGGCACUUGCUCUAUGAUGCCUAAGGAGCUGGGUGGUGUGGUUGACUCCACGGCGCGGGUGUACGGCGUGCAAGGGCUGCGCGUGAUUGAUGGCUCGAUCCCGCCGACUCAGGUGUCCGCGCACGUCAUGACGGUGUUUUACGGAAUGGCGCUGAAGGUGUCUGAGGCGGUGUUGGAGGAUUACGCUGCUUCUCUUUAG